CCUCCUGUUUUACAACCUGAUUAGUGUGUUUAUUUUCAUGGUGACACCAGGAAAGAUCAGGUUGGGGGAAACAUCUUUAUUUAGACCUUCUGUUUCACCCCUAAUGACCGCUGUAAAUUAGAUGAUACAUGCUUCAGUGACCUGAUGGGGGACAAACACAAAACUGGGAAUAGCCAUUACGCAGAUAACCACCGGAUACUCCUCCCUUUUUUGGGGCCUUGGUACCAGUUAUAAAGCAGCUCAGCAUUAUUCUGUUAAGGCAUACAUCAGAGGAUGCUGUGGUGUCACACCAAGACAAAUCUCCACAUCAAGAAACACAAUCAAGCAAGAUUUCCUUUUAAUCCAAGGAUGUCCCACAUCUUCUGCAUCUUGGCACUUCUGUGUUUUGCAUCGUGUGUUGCCGAAAACACAGAGACUGAGCAGGCAUUUAAAGACCUGCAACUUCAGCAAGACUCCAUGUCAUGGCUCAAGAGAUUACAAGACAAACGGGAGUCAACAAAGACAUGGAAGAUUGUCGAACUACUCAGUGACAUUUUUAAACCUGAAAAUGGAAUAAUCCUCCAUGAGUCUAAAGACACAGAGAAGCAGGAGAAGAAUCGACGUGAGCUGAGUGGCAGACUGACAACCCGCAAAGCCGGAUGUCGAGUCUUCUUCUGGAAAUCCUGGACCUCCUGCUAACUUUGUUUCCACUCAAGUGCGAGAUUGGCGAGUCGUAUCUCAAAUCUGUUUUAGUUUUACUCCUCUUGUGCUACAAUUAUGACAUAACUGAAUUAUCUCAAAGUGACACUAUUAACAUUUGAUGGUUUAACACAGCUUUCCUCUCACAAACAAAGAAAAUAACUCAUAAAGACUGAAUCACAAAUAUGCUCAAUUCAAGUUCAAUGCCAGUUUUUUGACUCUCUGACUCGUGCUGCUGUUACACCCUGCAUUCAUCCUCAUCCUGUAAAAGGUCAGAGCCAAAGUUAUAUGUCUCACUCCAAAUAAAAGUAAUGACUGUCCACUACUAGUCCACUAUUCAAUGUGAACCGUACUGGCUGUUCCUGGGGCAGUGAAGAGACUUGGAACUUGACCAAAGUUUACAUCAGUGUAAAAUCACCUCGGCCACUUUUCAUUCUCGCGGCUAGCCGAACAAUAGAUAACUCUCCCGCUCUAAAUGGAUGCAUUAUUCAAUGCACCCGAACGUCUUCUUCAAAAUGAAGUGGGCCCUGAAUAUUUAAUGACAAGUAAAUGAAAUGACACUGGAAAAAAACCCUGCUUGUCAACAAGAUGGUUGAAUAAUCCCUGCAGAGAGCAGGAGAAACUCAGCAGGCUUCCUUUGAACACAACUGUCCCCCACUGUCCUGUUUUAUUUGGCCACAUGUUUAUAGAUCAUAUAACUUGAUACAACUGUUUUAUAUCUGCUCCUCGCCUCCCUCUUUCCCUUUCUCUCCCUCAUUUCUUCUUCUCGGUUUAAUUUUGUAAAGGUUUCUAUCUUUCUAUGUUGAGUGCCUUGGGAUAAUGUAUAUGUUGUGAUUUGGCGCCGUACCAAUAAAAUUGAAUUCAAUCAAUCAUACAGAAAAGCAUUUGUUUCUGUAUGGACACUCACUUUUUUCAAAUGUGUCAUAUUAUUCUCCCUCUCACAGGAAUGUUCUGUGCUGCUCUCGGUUAAAU